AUUGCAUAGCAAGGACGAAAAAAGUAUGCAAACCGUUAAAACCCGACGGCCUUUCCCUCUCAUUUCAGUUAACAAAGUCUCCACUUCUUACCUUCUCUUCCCUCUACUCAUCGUCAGUUUCCUUCUCGUCCUCUUCCAUGGAGCUCAAGCUGCCAACAUUGAAAGCGUUACAGAAAUCAGAAUUGGUGCAAUCAUUGACGCUAAUACCCGGAUUGGAAAAGAAGAGAAAACAGCCUUGGAAAUUGCUGUUGCAAACUUCAACACCAGUAAAUCAAGAAACCACAAGUUAUCUCUUUACUUCUACGACCUUGGAAGAGAAACCUUUAAAGCAGCUUUGGCUGCUGAAGAACUGAUUAAGGAAAAAAAGGUUAAAGUAAUUGUUGGCAUGGACUCAUGGGAGAAGGCAGCUUUGGUUGCCGAUGUUGGAACUCGCGCUCAAGUUCCCGUUCUUUCGUUUGUAGCGCCUGCGAUAACACCACCAUUAGCAGCAACUCGUUGGCCUUUCUUGAUAAGAAUUGCUAGCAAUGGUCUUGAACAAAUGAGAUGCAUUUCAGCUCUUGUUCGGGCCUACAACUGGCGAAGAGUCGUAGCCAUCUAUGAAGAUGAUACGUAUGGUGGUGAUUCAGGAAACUUAGCCCUUCUAUCAGAAAAGCUACGGAAAGUUGGUUCCCAGAUUGAGCAUAGCUUGGUUCUACCACCAUUUUCAUCAUUAUCUGAUCCAAAAAGGUUCAUUCAAGAAAAGUUAAGGAAGCUAAGAACAGAAAUACAAUCUCGGGUUUUCAUUCUUCUCAAGUUGUCAUCACCUAUGACGAUUCAUUUGUUCAGACAAGCUAAGGAAAUGGAACUUGUAGGGAGGAACACAGCUUGGAUACUUUCAGAUACCAUUACCAGCUACCUGGACUCAUUCAACCAUUCUGUUAUUUUCUCUAUGGAAGGGUCAUUAGGAAUUAAAGCCAACUAUUCUGAAGAAAGUUCGUCUUAUUUAAAAUUUUAUGCUCAAUUUAGGGAAGUUUUCCUAUCUAAAUAUCCGGAGGAAAAUGAGUUUAAGCCCGGAAUUCAUGCUCUUAGAGCUUAUGAUAGCAUUAAAGCCAUUGAAUUAGCCAUAAAAAGAACGAGUAGCAACCACAGCAGUCAAAAAUUGUUGUUACGGAAUAUCUUAUCUAGCAAUUUCAAUGGUUUAAGUGGUAAAAUACGCUUUAAAGCAGGGAACCUGAACCAAACUCAAAGCUUAAGGAUUGUAAAUGUGGUUGGAAAGAAAUACAAGGAGAUUGACUAUUGGUUGCCGAAAUCUGGAUUCUCAAAGACUCCCAGUGGAGGAGAAAAUAGUGGCGCCAAUGAUGGUGAAACUGUAAAAGCUUUGGCUGGGAUAGUGAUUUGGCCAGGGGACUCACUUGAAGAUCCAAAAGGAUGGGCAAUGCCUACAGCUGACAAACCGAUGAAAAUCGGAGUUCCCAGAAGAACCUCAUUUGAAGAGUUUGUGGAGUUUCAGGGUGAGACACCUACCGGUUUCUGUAUUGAUCUUUUCGAAAUGGUGCUGAGGAGUCUGGAUUAUAAUCUAUCAUAUGAAUUUUUCCCCCACCGUGACUCCUAUGACGAUCUCAUUUUUGCUGUCUCAAACAAGACUUACGAUGCUGCUGUUGGUGAUAUAACAAUACUAGCUGAAAGGAUGGAGUACGUGGAGUUUACUCAGCCUUUUGUUGAAUCAGGGUUGUCAAUGAUAGCUCCAACUAAGUCCGAUUCAGAAUGGAUGUUCAUGAAGCCUUUCACGUUGGAAAUGUGGGUGGCGACCGGUGCCUUGUUCAUCUACACAAUGUUCAUAGUUUGGUUCUUGGAGCAUAGCUCAAACCCAGAAUUUAGAGGGGGACUGAAGAAUGAGAUCGGCACUGCACUUUGGUUCACUUUUUCUUCUCUCUUCUUUGCUCACAGGGAAAGAAUAUAUAGCAACUUCACUAAGGUGGUGGUCUUAGUGUGGCUAUUUCUUGUAUUUAUAUUGACCUCAAGCUACACUGCUAGUCUGUCUUCACUGCUCACUGUCAAAGAGCUGGAAUCAAAUCUAGAUAUCCAAUCAGUGAGAGAGAGAGGCUUAAAUGUUGGUUGCGAUAAUGAUUCCUUUGUCAAUACUUACCUGAAGACUGUGCUUAGUUUCAAAGAAGAACAAAUACAUAUCUUUAACAGUAGCGAAUCCAGUUAUGUCGACGAAUUCAGAAAGAACCGGAUAGAUGCAGCCUUUCUUGAAGCACCAUAUGAAAAGGUUUUCCUAAAUAAGUACUGCAAGGGAUACGCAUCGAUUUCACCAACCUAUAGAUUUGGAGGUUUUGGCUUUGCGUUCCAAAAAGGCUCUCCCAUAGCUGCUGAUUUUUCUAGAGCCAUUCUGAAGCUAUCAGAGAAAGGAAAUUUAACAUCAUUGGAAAAAUACUGGUUUCCUCCCUCUGCUGAGUGUAAUGCAGCAAACACUAAAAUUGAAAGUUUGAGCCUCCACAGCUUUUGGGGUAUCUAUGCUAUAUCUGCCGCCACUUCAACUCUUUGCUUUCUACUGUUCUUACUUAAGCUGCUAAAGAAUUUCCGGCAUCAACAAGAAGCAUUCAGAGGUAAUGUUUCUCCAGGAAGAAAUGGUACUUCGAACAUGACGGUUGGACUUGCAAAGUACUUCUACAAAGGCGAAGUUAAUCUUCCAAGAAGUUUCAGAAGCGCUUCAACUUCUAGUCGAGCACAGGCUUUAGAUCAACGGCGCUCAUUGAAGUGGAAUAUGUGACCCAUUCUGACACCCAGGAGGAUCUUCCAGCCUCCUCACUAGCUGAUAAGAUUGAAAUGCCAUGAAGCUGUCACUGAAAAAGAUUAGGAAGAGGGAGAAACUUAUGCUGAUCAAGAUCGACUGCUUUUAUUUUCAUCAUAGCUGCUGCAUAACAUCUAGCUAUUGUUUUAUUUAAUUGACAAAUAUUGGGCACUCGUAAAUUGUAAUGUUACAUAUACAGUAGGGCUAUCUUGUAAAUAAUUUCAAGAUCAAUGACUUAUCCAAAACCAUUCAUAAAUCAUGAAUGGCCUGAGCA